GGGAAAGAAAAAAAGAGAGAGAAGAAGGAAAAGAAAAAAAAAGAGAAGAAAAAGAAAAAGAGAAAAAGGGGAAGGAAAAAAAAAAAAAGAAGAAAAAAAAAGAAGAGGGGGAAGAAAGGGAAGGAGGAAAAGAAG